AUGGCACAAGUCCCUCCGAACAAAUUAACGGAGCUGCGUUCGAUAAUCGACAAUGUGCCGGCCACCGAAAAGUACCCGUACAUUAAGAAGAAGCUCACGGAACAUUUCGCCGACAGCCAGCAGAGACGUUUGCAUCGGGUUCUGUCGGAUAUGCCGCUCGGAGACAUGAAACCCAGCCAGCUGUUCAACGAGAUGAAGCGUGUUGCUGGAAAUUCUCUCGGCGAGACGGUGCUGAUGGAUUUGUGGGCUACUAGACUGCCACCCCAUGCUCAAGCUGCUGUGAUCGCAUCAAAGGGUGACGCCGCCGAGAAGACGACUAUCGCGGAUGCCAUCGUCGAUUCGAUGGGUCUUCGUAACAUCCACGCCAUCGACAUGAAGGCGCAGCAGACACCAUCGUCAUCAACACACGUGGCGGAUAAACCAACGCAAGGCACCAUCGAAGCCCUUCAUCGUGAAAUUGCACAGCUAUCGAGCAACCUCGAAAAAAAAUUUUCUGCACGUGGUGCCGGCGGUUAUCGAGGGCGAUCGCGUUCACGCUCACGUGGUCGUGAAAAGUCAACAUUCGUUUCCCGUGAUAAAACGCCGUCGGAUGAACUGUGCUGGUACCAUCGUGUUUUUGGACAUGACGCGCGGCAGUGUCGGAAACCGUGCUCAUUCGGCCAGUCAUCGUCGUCUGGCACAGCCAGCAAACAGUGA